CAUUUAGCUGCAUAUUCUUCCAUUUUUAGUUCAUUUUUAAACGAAAAACACCAUCAAAACCUCAAAUUUCAACCCGGUGUAGUGACUAACAUGUCUGCUGUUGUCAAACCUAUGAGAUUCGCUCAUAGUGAAGGACAUACUGAUGUUUGCUACGACCAAACUGGACAGCAUUUGUUGACUUGUGGUUCUGAUGGAGACAUUCGUAUCUAUAACGGCUUUGAUGAUAGUGACCCUGUAUCUAUACAAGCUGGGGAGAAUGUCACAAUGGUUGCAGUAAAGGAUAACAGAAUAUUUGCCACACCAGAUAAUUUUGCUGUGCAAGCCUUCACUUUCCCUGAGGGUUCACCUGAUGGUAUUUUGACCAGAUUUCCUUCUACUGUCAAUCAUAUGUGUGUCAAUCAAGCUGGGACUCUUCUCGCUGCUGGCUCCAGUGACUUCUCCAUCAAAGUUGUCACCCUAGAAGAUAACAGUCAAAAGUCAUUCAAAGGUCAUGCAGCACCUGUACUGGCAGUCGCGCUGGAUCCUCAGGACAUGUACCUGGCUUCAUCUAGCUGUGAUGGUACUGUCAAGAUAUGGAAAAUGGAAAACCAAGCUGUUGUAAAGACUAUGAAUAUUUUGCCCAAGGUCAAUGAUACCAGUGCGUUCAAAACAUGUAGAAUUGGCUGGCAGCCAGGAAAUGGAAAGUACAUUGCUGUUCCUGUUGAGAAAGAAAUCCAGAUAUAUGAAAGAGACAGUUGGAAUUUGUCUUUCACUUUGAACAAAGAAGGUCACACUGAGAUUGUGUCUAUGGUGAGUUGGUCACCCUGUGGUUCUUAUUUAGCAAGUACUAGUUUAGAUGGUCAAAUUAUGAUAUGGAGUAUUACAACACAAACAGUUCUGGAAAGAGUUCAACAUGAAAACAAGUUUCCAAUCACUGGUAUUGCCUGGAAUCCUUCAGGUACUAAAGAAAUUGCUUACACGGACAACCAGGGACAGUUUGGUAUAAUUGAGAAUAUUUCUACCAAGUCUACAGUAACAAAGCCUUCAGGAUCAGAGGGUACUGUGAAGGCCAGUGGUGAGAAUGGUUACAUGGAUGAUGCCAUGAUGGCUACAGCAGUGGCAGAUUAUGAAAGUGAUAAUGACUCAUUAGUAGCAACUAAAAGACGCCGUGUUAAACAAAACUUGAUAGAUGAUGAGGCUGAAGAUGAUGAUGAUGAUGAAGAUGAUGAAUUCAAAGAAAUUAGAAAAUUAAAGGCUCAGUUGGCUGCUCCGUUGGACUUUGAUGACGCUAGUAAUGAUGUUAAUGCUGAUACUGCCAGUGAAGUCUCUGUAAAAAAGCCUGCAGUAGUCCAUGUACCUGUUCUCCCUUCACUACAGCAACCAUUCCAACCAGCCUCCACUCCUUCUCAUUUGAUGCAUCGCUUUAUGGUGUGGAACUCAGUGGGUAUAGUAAGAUGUCACACAGAGGAAGAUGACCUAUCAACCAUUGAGGUUGAGUUCCAUGAUGCAAGUACUCACCAUCCCUUACAUCUCACUAAUCAUCUUAACCACACCAUGGCUGCGUUGUCUUCUAGUGCUGUACUACUGGCAUGCAAAUCACAAGAUGAUAUGAAAAGUAAACUUGUCUGUCUCCACUUUGGAAGUUGGGACAGUUCAAAGGAAUGGGUUGUUGAUCUUCCAAGUAAAGAAGAGAUAGAGGUAAUUGCUGUGGGACAAAACUGGGCAGCGGUGGCCACUAACAAGUUCCAUAUUCGUAUCUUCACACUGACGGGUGUCCAGCUGUCCCUUAUUAGUGUCCCUGGUCCAGUGGUUUCAAUGUCAGGUCACAACAGCCAGCUUAUUGUAGCCUAUCAUGCUGGGAACCCUUUACCCAAUGAACAAUCUCUUGGAUUCAAGCUUUUUGACUUGAGCACUCAACAGCAGAUUGUUGCAGAUCAAAGAAUACCUCUCAGUAGGAAAGCAACUUUAAGCUGGAUUGGGUUUUCUGAUGAAGGAACACCAGUAGUAGUAGAUUCAGUGGGUAUUGUCAGGUUUCUCAACCGCUCAUUUGGUUGUACUUGGACCCCAGUCUUGGAUACCAAGAGUCAGUUAAAGAACAAGUCUGAUAAUUAUUGGGUGGUUGGACUGGAAGAGAGAGCUAGACAAAUAAGGUGCAUAUUGUGCAAAGGAUCCUCGUUUCCCCCUACGUUGCCACGCCCUAUCCAGGCUGUGUUACCCCUUCAGCUUCCCCUUUGUGAAAUGUCAACAGACAAGGGCGAGAAAGAGGAAAAUUGGAUGAAGUCCAAGUUGAUGUCUUACAGCUACAAGCACUGCGCAGAGAAUGGAUUUGAGUUUGAUGAGGAAGAAGCCCAACAAGCAGAAACCUACCAGAUACAAACACUCAUGAAAAUGUUCGCUCUGGCUUGCAAAAGUGAUCGAGAGUUUCGUGCCUUCGAUAUCUGUGAACUUCUUCCAAACCAACGCUCAGUUAGCCUUGCUAUCAAAUAUGCUGCUGGCAUCCGAAAAAUGAACCUGGCUGAGCGUUUGAACGAAUUAGCUCGACGUAAAGCCGAAGAGGAGGAAGAAGCACUAGAAAAUGAAUUCGAUACCCAGUAUGAGAUGCAGCAACAUGAUUGGAGAAGCGCACCAAGGAGCCUUCCAAAGAAGGCUACUAAACCAAGAGUAAGGGAGCAAAGAGAAGAAGAUGAGGACGAAAUGGAAGACGAAAAUGAUCAAGAUGAGUAUGCUGAGGACGAAGAUGAUGACUCCAUGACAAUCAAUGAUAAGAGAAAAUCAAGGCAUUCGAGUGCCAGUGACGAUGGAAAACCAAAUCCCCUACUACAAAAAAUAUCCAAACCAUCCAAGUCGACUAGUUCGCCCUCUCUCAGCUCAUCUCAGGGCCGUUCAAAUCCUUUCAAAGUCCUCAGCCCAAGCAAAAGAUCAAGAGGAGGAAAGAGCUUCUUAGAAAGUGUUGAACAAGAACAAAAAGCAGCAACUGAAGCCACCAAAAAUAAACAACCAUCCGUAGCUAGGAAGAAUAACAAAAAGAAAGCAACGAAAACAGCUAAGCAGAUGACCUUACUGAGCCCGACUACAAAACCAGAUGAACCUGCUGAAAAGGACGACAAAACAGAUGAAAAACCAGAUGAGAAACCAGCAAAUACUAAAAAAUCUGGUUUCACGUUUUGGCUGGAAGAGAAUCGUCCUAUUAUCGCAGAAGAAAACAAAGACGCAUCUGAUGGAGAAUUGAUUAAGCUAUCAAUGAAACGAUGGAAAAGUCUCUCUAAUGAAGAGAAGAAAACGUGGAAUGACAGAGCCUCCGGGCACGGACAAGAUUCUGAUGAUAAAAAACGAAAACGGGAAAAUACUGAAAAUGAUGAGAAUGAAAAUGUGAACGAAGCUGUUAUCACCAAAACUGCCAAGAAAAUCAAAGCUGCUGGAGAAAAUAACGUCAGUUCCAAGCUGGCAGGCUUUGCAUAUUCAAAAAGUUAAGAAAAAGCAUUUUUUWAAAUUUUGUUCUAAAUAACUACAUCGUAUAUUGUUGAUAUCAAAAUUGUCAAACAUCGAAAGUUUUUAUUUCAAUAAACAGAUAUUACAGUAAAUUAUUCAAAGAAAAAAGAACAAAGAAAGUGAUUAAACCCUUUCACAGGGAGCCCGGCUUUGGAAUUUGUACAUGAAUGAAUAAAUAAAUCAAGUGCUUUGGAAUCAGUGAUAGAUUGUGGCAAUUCUACUUUCUUGUAAAAUCCUGAAUUUAGAAUCUAAAAAUCACAAUAGAUUCAACUUUUACUGUUUUCUUUUUUACAACGUCAACAA